GAUGGUAUGUCUCAACCAACGGCUGAGAAGCAGGUCAUUCUAGUUCUCAGGUGCACUAUUACACCCAGAGAAAUGCAGCCCCGCCUAAUUUUGUUUCUAUCAUGCAUUCCUGACCACAACACUGAUUCAUCUACUUGACCUGCCUUCUACAGUUCUCAGCAGACUAGACUAAUUGGACUCCGGUAAGGGAAGACUUAUUUCAGCCCCUUCCUGAAUAUUACUGUCGAGCUGAAAAGGGCACUUCAUAUCAAGAAACAAGAGUUCUAAUUGUGAAAAAAUGCUGAUCUCCAAGGGAGUGAUUUUCCUUUUGCUGCUGGCUAGCUUACAGUGGAUCAGGAAUAACAGUGUCAACGCAACCAAUGCCACAGUCUCUGUAAGCAGCUUAAGUAGUCACAACUCACCAACAACAACCUACAAGCCCACAAGCCCAGCUACAUCUAUGGUGGCUUCCAGCGUAACUCCUGCUGUAACUCUUAAAUCACCAACAGAUACCAAUGUCACUGGAACUAGAAGUACAGUAAUGGAAAACAACUCUCUGAAUAGCAGUGUAACACCAACAUCUUCUAACAUUUUGUUAUCUCAAACUACACAUCAGGUGGAUUUUACAACCAACGAUGUAACUCACUCUUCUACAAGUAUCAGUGGAAUGUCACCAACUUUAGAGACGUCUACAACUAGCAGUGGCUUGUCAGCGAUCACCAAAAGCUAUGCAGGCACAACCUUUGUCAAACCAUCAGAAACAGCACCAAACCACUUCACUAAUGUCAGCUCUACUACCACGUUCUCACCCAACAAAACUCAAAAUGGUAUAACAGUUCGUCCCACCAGCAGUAUACUAACUACUACUUCAACCACAUUAUUGAACACUAUGAGUAACCAUGCCACCACAGGAUUACAGAUGAGUGCACAGACAACAAGUCUGCACCACAGCCUUUCUGAUGGUUCUGCAGAAGAAAGAGAACACCAAAAAGGAAAACCCAGUCAUGGAGCAGUCGUGUUUGGUGCCAUUGUAGGAGCAGUGCUAGGAUCAGCAUUAAUUGGCCUGGUUGGGUACUUUAUGUGUGGGACAAGAAAAUCUGAACUGUUUGGACAUCAGCGACUUUAUGAUGACACAAGGAAUGAUCCAGUGUCAUCCCAGCCAGGCCCUGCCAAUGCUGACUCUGCCUCUCUCAACAUCUCAAGAAAGCUGACAAUCUUUCUAGACUCAACCUUGAGUUUGAUCAAGUCAAAUCCAGGUUUAUUAGGAAGAUUUGCCUUUGGGGAUGUUCACUUCAACAUAGGCCGUUAAGCAGGCAAUGUCUACUACAUUUGAAAAACACCCACCAUUGGCAAUGACCACAUUUGUGGUUGGAAAUUAAUGUGGAGACAGGUAGAGUGUAUGAUACCUUUAGUGCCAUUAUAAUAAAGAAUGAUCUCAGGCUUUGAUUUAUGGUCUGAGAUUGCUACAUAUGCAUUGAAACGAAGAGUAUCACUGUCCUUCCAUUCUUUGGCAUAUAACUUACAAGUAUCAAAUCUUUAAAACCACAAAGACUGCUAUUGACACUUCCGGAUUUCAGGACAA